GAACCUUCAAUUUUCUUAAAUUAUGAUGGCCAUGCUGAGCUGAGAUUUCUCCGCGGGUGCGGAUGGAUAAGUUAGUGUUUAUCACUCUCUACUUUGUUCCAAAAGAAUAUCAAAAUAUACAUCAUGAAGGUGCAGUCAAGCUUCUAUUUUUGAUCUUUUACUAUUGCGGUGUUGAGAACUUCAAUACAGAAUAGAAAGUUUGCAGACUUGGAGAACUUUACAGAUUUCUGCCUUAGCAGGAGCCACCGAAUUUUGAGACGUUCAUGAAAUUAUUGUUUUUUACGCCACAUUCGAAGGUUGCUAUCAUUCCUGAAUACCGACACAGGGAGGCCUAGCCGCGUCUCUUUUGCGAUCAUGAAGCAAAAUUUGUGUGCAUAUAAUAGCAUUAUACACGCAUCGUAGUCAUUCAUUGUAUAAUGUCCAAUUACAACUAUGUGUAUAUCAAUGUUGUAAACAUGGUGCUAAGGGCCUUUUAUUACUACAAUUCCAAGGAUCAAUGUCUCGAGUUGGCGUUCAAUCCGGGUCGUGAACUCAGGUAUGAGGCUUUUAAUAGCGGAGAAUGUCAGGACAGUGAAACAUUGUUGAGCAAUAUAGAUAUAGCCAAGCCCAUCGACAAUUUAGUUUGAUGGUAUGAAUCUCCUAGGGUCGGUGGUUCCACGAUGUUUGCGAUUAUACGGUUGCUUCUUCUUGCUGCGGUAGUUACGGCGUUCGUCGAUGUUGAAAUGACCCCGAAAACAAUCGGACAGCAAAAGCCUUGUCAAACCGAGUGGUUGCUGAUGGCGUUCUUCAGCUGGGACUGACAAAAGUUGACGGAGUCACAAAUAUUCGAAUAAGACAAUCCAAGUCAAAUCUGGCCAAUCCUUACAUUGGUGAUAUUUACAUGAUCACUGGUACAUCCAUUCGAGCACAUUUCUUACAUUAGCUGAUCAUAAGCAGUGCAAAUUGGAUAUCCUCAGCAGACUAUAACCCUCAGUCUAGAUAUAGGAAGUAGUGACGUUUGGGUGAACCUACAGUGCUCUACCUCGGGAUGGGCAUCAUUUUGCGGCAGUUAUCCUCAGUACGAUCCUACAAAAUCUGCGUCAUUUGUACCAUUGAGUCAAGCUCUGAAUUUGAAGUAUGGGAUCGGUGCGGUUACAGGAGCUUAUGCGACGGACAAUUUCGUGUAAGAAAACAUUCCACUUUCUCAAGGAGUUUUUACUAACCAUAACCGUUAGAAUGGGAUCGGGCCAGACUAUCAAAAAACUACAAUUCGGUGGUGCAUCGGCUAGUACUCGAAUGUUUGCGGGUAUAAUGAGUGUAUCCUGGGGACUAGGCCUUGGAACCGGUUAUCACAACAUUAUUGAUCAACUUGCCCUACGAGGUCUAACAAAAGCCCGCGCGUUUGCCAUAGACUUGGGUAAUGUAGAUACUGCUUCAGGUAUAAUCGUCAGUGCUUCUUUAAUUAUUUCAAAGAGUUGACUCAUCUUAUAGGUUCAAUUAUUUUCGGUGGUCUUGAUACAAAAAAGUAUUAUGGCUCAUUGAUCAAAAAUCCUAUUAUACCAUUUUACCAAAGUCCCGAUGGAUAUCCAAGGUAAUUGAUUCUAUUAUUUAUAUCCUACAUAUUGGAUGGUCUUGCUGAACAGCUGCGUGCUAGAUAUUGGAUUAACAUGACAUACUUUGGAGUUACAUUUCCAGGAGAGCUACCCCUGAACUUUACCCCUCUUGUCUAUGCAAAGCCAGUUAUCGUGGACUCUGGAAGCACGCUCAGUUACCUACCACCUUCCCUGGUUAACGCCAUGCUCCCAUAUUUUCCCGGAUGGGUCAGCAAAGGAGGUGGUCUUUAUACCAUUCCUUGUAGCUUCAAAAAUGUUCCGGGAACGAUGGAUUUCGGGUUCGCGGAUAAAAUUAUCAGAAUUUAAUUGGCUUAGUUUAUAUGGUUUAAUGGUGCUACAUGCUACGGGCCUAUCGCCAAUGCUGCUGAAAAGACCGAUGUAAUUUUAGGAGAUACCUUCAUGAGGGGCGCUUAUGUGGUCUUUGACCAAGAUAACGCAAAUGUUCAUAUCGCACAAGCUGCAAAUUGCGGUACAAAUAUUGUAGCCAUUACUUCGGGUAUCAACGGAGUUGCUCCAAUGAUAGGUGCCUGCCCUAGUCCAGCGUAUUCUUAUGGGCCAUCAUCAUCAUUGGUUAGUACAUCUUGAUUUUAACAAUGCAAACUCAAUAUCAACGCCUAGAACUAGAACCUCUAACAUAUAGAAGGUAAAUACAACAACGUCAGCCAGAACCUCAUCUUCUUCGAGAAGUAAGUAAUCUCUAAUCAUACGCUCUCCUUACGAUAGCAAAGAACUCACAACUCACCUUUUCACCUUUCAGCACGUAUCCUAAAAGAUAAUACUAAUUCCGUUCAUUCAGGUUCGACGAAAUCAUCCUCCUCUUCCUUUUUCCUCCGCCUCCCCAUCCGCAUUGAGACUCACUUCAACGAGCUCCUCUCUUACCAGAUCACCAAGUACAGCUUCUACUACUUCAUCCUCAUCUUCAUCAAAAAUUAGUUCGACGAGCGCUUCUCCCGCAAUAUUUGCAAGUAGAUCCUCAAGCGUAACAUCAAUAACAUCAACCAAGUCUCCUACGCUCUCUUCCUCACGUUUACCAUCUUCAUCCCUAUCCUGCGGCACAGGUUGCGGACCCACUACUGUUUAUAUUACUGUCACCAUGACAAAGACGAAUUAGAAGCAAUAUAUGCGUGUGCUCAGUCUCUUUUCAUUUCAACUCUACAAGGAUAGAUUCAACGGGUUCGGUGUCGAGCGCUUGUGGGUUGGAUAGUUUUACUGUGGUUGGGAUGACUGAGGUCAUUUGUUUUACGUAGGGAUUUUUGUAUUACAUUAUCAUCAGCAUCUUAACAGUCACUGUGUACGAGGGUAGCUAUCACAGAAAUGCGGAAAACUCAUGUAAUAGUACCAUGG